UGGAUCCGUAUAUUUUUGGCAAGACCAUUUUAAUUCUCACUCCUUCUGUAUGGCAUCACGGUACGUAUCUGAGAUGUGUAACUGCCAAAGUAACAUAUACUGUAACGAAAAUAUUGAAAAUAGUCGCAUUUUUGGAAUUAUAUCGGUCAUUUUUAAUUUGCAUGAAAUAAAAUUGCAAAUGGAAAAACUCUAGGCCGGGACUGAUGUCAGCUGAGAGAGAGACAGACUCGGAUACUAAUCCGUGCGACACGGAUGACGGUGAGACGAAACCUCCCCUUCACCCGGGAGCCCUCCCGGAUCCGCCAGCAUCCCCCUCGGAGGAGUCGACCGAUGCGGAGGGUGUCCAGACGAGAGAUCUCAGUGGAUCAGCGGUGGCUGCCGAACAGCUUUCCAGUCUCGUCGCAGCCCACUCUCUCUUGAAGAGAAAAAACGUCUACUUGCUGAAGAAACUCUUCGCGCAUUGCAAACGAAAAAAGAUUGGUGGUGUCUCAGCGACGGACGAGUGGACAAGCGGGAAGGGAGAUGACGUGGACUGUCAGGAAAAGUACCAAGAGACUCUGGAGCUGUACUUCGGUCUCAAGAGAGGCGUGGAGAAAGAGGAGCAUCUCGUCCAAGAGGAGAUGUCACUCCUCGAGCGAGAGUUGGCUGAGCGGGAAGCAGUCGCCAGUGCUGCCAACCAGGAGCUCACCAAACUCCAAACCUCCAUUGGGAAAAGGCUCCUGCAUCCGAAAACUGCCCGUCAACUCACUAGUAAGACUAUUGAAGCGAUGAUCAGCGAACAAAAUUCUAAAAUGAAGGAUUUGAGAGAAGCCCGGCUGGAAUACAUUAAUAUGAAAAAUUUGGUCGUGAAGAAAAAACGGCAACUAACAGAGAUGGAACACGUAGACAGUGGCCUAAGAAUCCAGGACUUCCAACAGCUCCAGAUAGACCAUCAAUCUCUCGAUAGAAAAAUUGAGGACAGGGAGGAAGAUUUGAGAAAAGCUGAGCUGAAACUGAGUGAGAGCCAGGAAUCAGAGCGGCGGCUUGAGGCCAGAGUGACCUGUGUCCAGGCGGCUUUGUCCAAGGCCCGGCUAAUCUUCUCAAGAACGCAACAACUAUCAACAGAGGAAUCCGAGAGACUGGAGGAGCUCAAACGGGAGCGAGUCCGAAUGCUGAAGCAGGAUGUCUCGACGAAGCGGACCGACCUGUCAGCCUACCCGGCAUUGCAGGAGAACUACGCUGCCAACCUCAAGAAGAUGGAGGCCCGCCAAAGGAAACUGGAGGCUCUGCGCGCUAGCCAAUUUAAGAUCAAUCGCAGCGUCCAGCAGACAAAACGACGAAUUCGGAUCCUCCACAAACGGAAUGCAAGUCUCCAGGGUCUCGGCCCAGGCCCCACGACCACUCCUGUCCGGAAGCCCAGCCCCCGGAUCACUAGGACGCCCGUCCCUCGGAUCCAACUUCCCGCCAUAAGCCUAGAAUCUUAAGAAGCGUUAGAUAUUGCUACCGUGAUAGCAUAGGCUUAGCUGGGUCAUCUUGCUGGGGGGCCUGGCCUCCCACCAGGGAAGGGUCUGGGGGGUAUGGAAUACCCCCAUGGGCG